GUCUGCAGCCGCAGAAGCCGCCAGCCGCCGCAGCCGCGGAGAGUUGAACACCCAGUAUUCCAUCCUAGAGCUGGCGAACGCCAACAUACACACCUACUUACCGAUCUUGCCGCUUUAGCCGAUCAUCCAACGAUUCAAAGCUCAAAUAACAUUUAUCGAGCCAAAGUGUUUAAGUCAGACGAUUGAAUCGUCUCGUUUUUUAAACUUUUUUGUGUUAUAGUGAACGAAAGCUAAACCUUGUUGAAAACAGCAGUUGAUGGUUAAGUUUUUGUGGGUUGAAUUCUUUUAUCAGUGUGAUCAAGUGCAAUGAAGUUUGAAUAUGUAUUGAAUCAAUUUUUAGAAUUAAGUGACUUUUAAAGUUCAUGCAACUGCAGAAGAUCAACAGGUUUGAUUCAACAGUGGCGAGCCAUCUCGCAAAAGUGUCAUUGAAUUUUUAGUGAUUGACUUCAGGAUUAAUAUCCGACUCAUCAAAUAGCUAUGCAGAUACAUGAACUGAUGAUAGAUUUAACGACAAUAAACAAAUUGCCAAAUUAAAUUUCAAAUCAUUGUAAAUUUGUAUUUUGAACUCAAGCCCUCAUAAAAUUUGAUGAUAACGAAUUACAUAUUUACGAAAAUGUGACUAUUCAAUAGUGCGGUUUUUUAUCUACAAUUACAUUGUUAUUCAGUAUUCAAUUUGAAUUUGUCAUUCAGCGAGGCAAUUAAGCACGAUCAAACAAACGUAUAAAUAUAACAGUUCGUAUCUUGAAACGUCAAGAGAGAGAAACAGAGAGAGAGAGAGAGAGAGAGAGAGAGAGAGAGAGAGAGAGAGAGAAGAAAUAUUUAAGUCUAAUCCGAGGACAACGAGUUCGAUUCCAAUAAAACGAAUUUUCCUUGCGACUUGGCAAUCGAGCCUCCGAAAAAAAAGAGAGAGAAAGCCCCUUGUGGGGUGGCGCGUACAUCGGGAGAUCGUCGAAUCUGCAAACGGAUCGCACCGGCGGGAUAAUGAAAUAAGGAUCAAAGGGAUCGGCGUGAAGCUGCGCUUCGUAAGACAACGAGGACAGGGAGGAAAACAACAAAUCUAAUUCCCGAAGACUUGUGUCUCUGUGGCAUACCAGGGCUUUUAUUUCCCUUCGUCUCUUUCUCUAAACGAUUCUUAUUCAGUGCCUAGGAUGCCAAUACGAACGAACUGAUGAAUGGAAUUGUGAGAACCGCUUUCGAUUCGUGAGUUGAGUGAUUGAAUUAAUAAGAAUGAUGCAGUUGAAUAUUGACAGUGUGUGAGAAAGAGUCAAAUUUUAAUAACAGUGAAACCAAUCUGAACAAUGCUCUCAUCAGUUUCAUAAAUAAGCUUUUCACCUCCAGUCGCUCAUAACAAAUUUUUAAUCUUGUGUCGUUAGCUUGAAAAAUAAUCUUGAACAAGCGAGGAAAGAAAAGUCAACCUUCGCGGAGGUCGAAUCGGAUAUGUGCACUGGUCGAGGGGCGUCAGAGCGCCGAUGACGCGCCGAUGACGAAUCCUUCACGAGAUGCACGAGGCGGAGGCGUAGCGGUGGAAAAUUAUCCGAAUCCUUUGCGCCUCCAGCAGCAGCAACAACCGCAGCAGCACCACCAACAACAACCGCGAAUCGGACAUCAUCAACAGAGAUCAUUGCGCCGGCCAAGAACAUCGUCGUCGCGACGGCACGGAAAUAGCAACUCUAGCAGAAUGCACUUGUCAGGCGAAGCUCAGACACAGCAACAAGCCAGCGCGCCGGCCAAUCAGUUGCCCGACUAUGCCAUCACAGCCGAAUUGUUGGUCGAGAGGACUCUUGAUGGCUUGAUGGCUGAGCACCCUGGCGAGCUAAUUCGUACUGAUUCACCUCACGUAGUCUGCACAGUCUUGCCGUCGCAUUGGCGCUCGAACAAGACACUGCCAGUGGCGUUCAAGGUGGUAGCUCUUGGCGACGUUGGCGACGGUACUCUAGUUACGGUAAGGGCGGGCAACGACGAGAAUUGCUGUGCCGAACUAAGGAAUUCGACGGCUCUCAUGAAGAACCAGGUGGCCAAGUUUAAUGACCUCAGGUUCGUCGGGCGGAGCGGAAGAGGCAAGAGUUUUUCGCUGACGAUAAUGCUACAAACAUCACCUCCUCAAGUGGCGACUCUGUCUAAAGCAAUCAAAGUGACGGUUGAUGGACCUCGAGAACCACGUUCAAAAACACGUCAUCAAGCUUUUCACCCAUUCCACUUUGGGCCUCGGCCGUUUCCCUUCGGACACCCGCAGGAUCCGCUGGGAUUCAAGCUAACCGGCUUGCAACACCUGGGUUUGGAGCAAGGAGGACCAGCAACUGGCUGGGGUGGUUUGCCGCGCGGUGGGUUGCCUCCGCACUGUCUUCCGCCGCCGCCACCGGCUCACCACUCGCACGCCGCGCCGACGGGCACCGCGGCGGUCACCGCGACCACCGCCUCGGCCUUCAACCCCUUCCAUCACACUGCUGAGCGCAGGUCGCCGAGAUUGCCUGCUCCCGCUAACGACUCACCGAGGACCGAACUGGGCGGUCCAGGAAACGUAUCCGUACGGGAACUGGCGCCUUCUACGUCUCCCGGAAGCGUCGGCCCGAGCUUGUUGACGACGAGCGCGCCGACGCCACCCACUGCCGAAACUACUACUACGACGUCAACUACGGCGGCGACGGCGGCGGUUGCCACCGCCACAACACCGAGUAACUCAACUCCGUCCACUCAUCAACCACACUUUCAAGGUCUUCAUCUUCUAGGCGCUACAAACUCUCUGUUCGGCUCGAUCUUCGCGCCGCUGUUACCACAAUCUUCGUGGUUAUACAAUCCGCUCUACCACACACAACAGUACAUACUGGAACCCGAGUGGCAUGCAUUGGCACUUCGUAUGGCACAACAACGGCUUCAACGACCAGAUCAUCAAGCGAGGUUAGAAGAUCUUCGUAAACGACGCUCGAGUAGUGAUAGUUUGGAUGAAGAUGACAAAAAUAAGGAGGAUGGCGAACGAGCACUUGACAGUCCUGAUGGUAGUAUAGAAGUAGACGAUGCAGAUGAACCAAGACCCAAAGCUCAAAGAUUGUCGCCAAGUGAAGAGUCUCUUGAACAGGACAGUCCAAGGCAUUCGCCUGCUAGGAUCGACAUAGAUCCCCCUCAAGAGGAAACAGCAAGCCACCUUCGACCAAGUUUAGAAAAUCAGAACGAACACGAUCACACGACACAAAUCGACUCGCAAGACUCAACGACAAAUCAACGAGGUCUGACAGUAAAAAUCCGCGUAGAAGGAACGGUAGAUCUGAGCACCAAAACGCGGACGCAACGGGACAAGGAAAACAUAGGUCAGGAUUUAACGACUACGACAAGAAAAAAAGAAGACGAAGUUGAAAUCAAGCCAAGAAGAGAAAGAAGCCCCAAGCCCAGGCAAGUCUGGAGGCCGUAUUGAAGGUGGACGUCGACACGGGAGAAGAACUUGCUUUGAUGCGUGAUUGGUGUUUUUGUUAUUGAUGAGAUAUCCACGGCUAAUUGAAAUUGUAUAAAUGAUGAUAAUUAUUUACAUUACAUACUAUUUCUGCAAAAACUUUUGAGUAGUUUUGAACGAUCUACUUAUUUAUCAAAUGUUGUAUAGAAACGUUAUCGGUUAUCCAUUUAUGUAUCUGUAUACUCACAUUGUUGUAAUUCUACAAAAAAAAAAAAAAAACAAGUAUAGUUACAUUCUACUAGUCUCACAGUUGUUAUAUUUACUUGUUGAAUUACUAUUGUUUAAUUUUACUUAAUCCUGAUUUUUACUACAUACUUUUGCGUAAAAAGCAAAAUUUGAUUGCAUCAACAAGUCAGUUCCUCGUCAUAUCACUCAAUAAGGACUCAUUCGAGGACUAACCAGGGUUUAACAAUCAGAUAUAAUUUGUAAAUAAUUGUGAUUGAAAACUCGGCCACUGACUAGAUUUAAGUGUUCAUGAAUGACAAAAAAAAUUAACUUGUAACAUCGUUAGCUACUCUGAUGUAAACUAUUUCAUGAGACCAAUGGGAAAUACAUUGAGGCCAUUUUACUGUGAAUUUUUCGUCUAAAACAAAUUACUGUAAAUAUUAUCGAUUAUAUAAAAAAAUUUUAAAAUAAGUAGAAAAUAAUAAUUAACUUCACUCGAAGUACCUAUAUAAUGUUCUUGUUUAUCAAUGCAAACAGCUAUUUGAGUGACGUGUGAAACCGUAACUCGUUUCAAAUUUUCAUUGUAAAAUUAAAGUUCAUAUAAUAAUGUCAUUGCAGAACAAUGUGUAUCAAGAUUCAUUCUUGAUAAGAUGUACGCGUGCGUCUUCUGAUAUGUUACUGUAUGGCAAUGUGCAGCUGUAAA